UUUCCUCACGUCACACGGUCACAUUGCCUGUGGAGAGUUUUCUCGCAAAUUACAUAAUUUUGUAAAAUACCGAGCAAAAAUGGGUAAGCACUUCGGAGAGCUGGCCAAAAUCCGUGGCAUCAUCUCGUACAAGCUGUCUCCCCACGAACAGCGAGCCUACGCCGGAGCUAUUUCCAACGGACUUCCCAACAUCUUCAGAAGAUUCCGCGAGAGUGUUCUCAAAGUGGCACCCCCAUUCAUCAUUGCCUACCUGGUGUACGAAGGUGUUGAAAGGGAGCACCAUCGACUCAGCCGCAAAAACCCUGCUGACUUUGCAAAUGAUCAAUAAACUAUACUCUUGGAAAUGUUCAUUGUAAUGUUAGGAUAAUUUUAGAGUUCAUUUAAAAAGUUAUUUAAAUAUGAUUUAAUAAUUUUCGUGUGAGUAAUUACUUAUGUUUAUUUACUAACUAUGAAAAUGAUGUACCUACAAUCAUAAAAAAUAUAAAGUUGUGUUAAACUAA